AAAUUUAAUAAAACAGACUGGAUCAUCAGACCCUGGCUUUUGGUAUAAAUACAGCUGAAGAAUUGUUCAAGACGUGGGAGAACCGGUCUAAGUUUCCACCCUAACAAAAUCCCUAGGUCUGCAGCGAUGUCUCCUGCUUCAGUAUCCAUCUGCUUUCUCUUUUUCUUUACAUUUGCAUCAGCCUGCUAUAUUCAGAAUUGUCCCAUUGGUGGUAAAAGAUCAGUCCUGGAUACAGAUAUCAGGAAGUGCAUUCCUUGUGGCCCAGGGAACAGGGGUCGGUGCUUUGGCCCUGCCAUUUGCUGUGGAGAAGAGAUUGGCUGUUACUUUGGUACCUCAGAAACUCUGAAGUGUUUGAAAGAGAACUACCUGCCCUUCCCUUGUGAGUCAGGAAGAAAAGCAUGUGGUACAAGUGGAAGAUGUGCUGCCUCUGGGAUAUGCUGUACUGAUGAGAGCUGCAUGUUGGACUCAAUUUGUGAUCAAGAUACAGUAUUUGCAUAAAGAGCCGAAAUGAGCAAACAUCAGGAACACCAAAGAUGUCACUCAAUGGUCACACAGACUGUGCCCUUGCAAAUCCAAAUUUCUGUAAAGCGACCUUCUUUUUGCUAUUGAUUAUACCUUUUCAAAGAGUUGUGAAAACGUCAUAUGAAUGCUACUUUUAAUACUAAUAAAACAUAUAACCUGAA